AUACGUUGGUGCUAUAGUAGUUAAGAAAAUUAAAUGUGGAAUUAUACAUAUUACAUUUGCUAUAUUUUUCAACUACUGUAUGGAUGUUUUUAAGAAAGGAGAAAACAGUUACUUGUAUACAGUAAAUGUAUUAUAGAAAAACAGAAAUGGAAUUCGUUUAAUCUAUACUGAAAUUGAUCGUGACACUGAAAAUUAAAGGGUCUGCAAGAAAGCCGGUCAGGAAAAUGUACAAGUAAAAAGUAUUGAAACAGAAAUGAGCUUUACCGGAGGAGAAAACUGUAGAUAAAAGCUUUUCUCUCAUGGCAAUCAACUUACAACACACAUGGAGAUUCACACCAGUGAGAAACUUUACAGAUGCGAUACAUGUGAUAGAUCAUUUCCUUACCUUAGUAAACUGAAAAAACAUAUCCACAUGCACACUGGGGAGAAGAAUUAUGAAUGUGAUAAUUGUGACAAAACAUUCUCGAGUAGUUCUCAUCUUCAAAGGCACAUGAUAAUUCACACUGGUGAAAAGAACUUUGCAUGUGAAAUAUGUGAUAAAUCAUUUAAUUGUAAAGGUAAUCUUAAAAGGCAUAUGGUAAUUCACAGUGGUGAGAAAAAUUAUAAAUGUGAAAUUUGUGAUAAAGAAUUUUCCCAAAGAAGCAACCUUACAUCACAUUUGAUAAUCCACACUGGUGAGAAGAAAUACAAAUGUGAAAUCUGCUCUAAAGAAUUUUUCAAACAAGGUCAACUCAAAGCACAUGUUCCAACUCACGCCGGGCAGAAGAUUCAUAGAUGCGAAAUUUGUUUUAGAACAUUUCUCUAUGCAAGCAAGUUGAAAAAACAUAUGAGCACAGCAAAUCACACUGGUGAGAAAAAGUUUAAAUGUGGAAUUUGUAAAAAAUUAUUUCUUCUUAAAGGUCGUCUUGAUAGCCAUUUACGAAUACACACAGGCGAGAAAAAUUUCACAUGUGAAGUCUGUGAUAAGUCAUUCAGAUUUGAAAGUAAUCUUAAAAGUCAUUUGAAAAUUCACACUGGUGAGAAGAACAAUGUAUGUGAGGUUUGUCAAAAAGCCUUUUAUGAAAUUGGUGAUCUCAGAAAACAUAUGGCCAUUCACACUGGAACCAAAAACUAUAAAUGUGAUCUAUGUGGUAAAUCAUUUACUCACAAUUCUGGUCUUAACAUUCACAUGAACAUUCACAUGGGUAUCAAGAGACAUAAAUGUGAAAUAUGUGAACAAAUGUUUUUGCAAAGCAGUGCUUUUAAAAGACAUAUGACCAUUCACACUGGCGAUAAAAGGUUUAAGUGUAAAGUGUGUGACAAAGGAUAUUCUAGAGGUGAUUCCCUAAAAACGCAUAUGUUGAGUCACACUGGUCAUUAAAGUUUUACUUCCUGGAAGUUCUAAGAUAUAUCAAUAUAGUAGUAAAACUCAGUGUUGUAACC